AUGAAAUAUAAUUUCCUUCUAUGGCCCAAAGGAUAUACUCAGUGGGAAAAGGUCAAAUUGGUUUCCACUAAACCCCGUUCUCAAGUGCCUGUCUACAUUGAGAAUGAGCAGUCCCGGUCAAUCAUUUAUGACUACAUCAGAGGAAUUCUUAAUAAAACCAAAACACAGCUGACCUUCAAUGAUGAGGUGGAGUUCAUUUGUGGAUGUCUCCUCCCAGAGGCCAUAACUCAUGGCAUUUCCGAGUUACAAGGCUUGUCUUGGCAGGAGGCUGAAGAUGUCUUCCUCCAGGGCCCCAUUUAUCACGCAAGUGAAGUUGAGGAAUUUAACAGAAGAAUUGCUCGAGAAAUGAAAAAUCUCCCCAACAAGAAUCUCGAUGACUUGUAGGACCUCAUGAAAAUUUAUAAAAAAA